AUGGUUUCAUUAAAUCACUUGAGUGUGGAGCACACAGGUGACGGCUCUCUGUUGCUCCCUGAGGUUACGGAGGCUACGACACAAACCCCAUGUCAGCUCUCGACAACAAACCCAACACAAAGACAGACUCUGGGGACUUUUUUUUGUCAGAGGAGGGGGGAAUCUACUCUUAGCCUGACGCUGUUGAUCGGCUGCUACUCGGCUAUUUUGAUUCCAGCGUAUUUCCCCUCUGAUAAUCAAAUGGAUGUCAGUAGAUACAGAUAUCCCAAAGAUCUGGUAUUAUUAAAUCGCUCUGCUUCCCUGUUGGCCCGCCCUUGUCAACCUAGAUGGUGUAGGAACCACCUGAAGCUGUUGUCCUGUUAUACAGGUUUGCUGGACAUCCCAGUGUUUGUGCAGCAAGAUAGGCCGGCACACUGGGAUCUGUCCCCUCCUCUCGGGCUCCAGGGCAGUGAGGAGCACCUAGCUCUGGUCCUGAAUCUUCUACCUCAGCCUGGCCUGCCUCCCUCUCUGAUGAGGAGCAGCUGCAGGCGGUGUGUGGUGGUGGGCAAUGGAGGGGUUCUUCAUGGGAGCUACCUUGGAGCUCACAUAGAUCAGUAUGACAUCAUCAUCAGGCUGAAUAAUGCUCCAGUGACUGGUUUUGAGAGAGAUGCUGGUUCUCGAACCACCGUCGUAUCAUUUACCCAGAAGGAGCACCGCACUCGGCAGAUGAAGUACAAAAAGACUACCAUGGUUGCUCUAGUGGUCUUUAAGAACCUGGACCUGGAAUGGCUAAUCUCUGUCAUUACUAAGCGACCUCUAAGCUUCUGGGCAAAAAUGUGGUUCUGGAGAGAGGUGGUGGAUGAUAUUCCCCUGAGACCAGAAAACAUCCGGAUCCUUCACCCAGAGAUUAUUCACAAGACGGGACAGGUGCUGCAGCAGUAUGCUCUGAAGGACGGCCAGAUGGUGCCUACGCUGGGCACCAGUGCUGUGGUGAUGGCGCUGCAGCUGUGCGAUCAGGUGAGCCUGGCAGGGUUUGGAUAUGACCUGCAACACCCAGAAGCCAGGCUCCACUACUAUGAAACAAUACGGAUGGAUGCCAUGAAAGCUCAAGUGGUGCACGAUGUCAGUGCUGAAAAGCUCUUCUUGCGGAAUCUGGUGGCUGCAGGAGCUGUGACGGACAUCACAGGGGCGCUAUGACUUAAGACACAAAGACCUCCACAUUCACUCCUUCCUCUUCCUGUGAUGUCCUACAUGGCUGCUUGAACUGCCAUGCAUCAAGUGUGCUGAUCUUUAAAAUGUACAUGCUGGUCUGGCUGAUGAAUGAG